CUGUGCGCAGCUCGAGUGUAAACAAUUACAAGAGUCUAAAACUACAGCGCGUUAUUUCUUCACUAAAUUGUAACCGUAUACAAUUACUUUAGAACCAAAUAGAUUCUUAUUACAAUAGUCAGUGUCGUAUUUACAUAUUUGUUAAUUUCACUGUAAUAUAAGGGAUUCCGAACUGUAAAUCUAAUAGACCAAGUUUGCUAGUGUGUUAGCAUUAGCAUUUUAAGUAGCCUAGCGAGCUAGCGUGAAACCUGCUGCAGUUUGAUGUCAGGCUUUAAAAACAUUAAGCCUGGAGUCCUCGAGCUUUCUGAGGCCCUGUAAGGCACCACCAUGGUCACUGUGAAGACAGGCGAGAAAGUGUGUGAGGAGGAGACUCUACAAACUGCCUUUAAGAAGCUGCGGGUGGAUGCUGAAAGCUCUGCGGCCGCAGUUUCUGUGUGUGAGGCCUUAGCAUCCGGAGCGGGAGUUCGAGUCAUCACAGAAGGAGCCAAACCCAAAAUUACUUCCCCCAAAGAGAACUGGCAUGGGUGCACCCGUAAGCCAUCCAGGGGUGUAGUAAGGAGACGAAGGAGGUCCAAGUCCCCCAUCCUGCACCCCCCUAAAUUCACCUACUGUAGCUCCAAAUCAAAACUCAAACACAAAAGCCCUGCAGAGCCAGAGGAUGCUGGAGCCUCAUCACUCGUCCCUGCUAAGAAGGAGCUUUUGUCCUCUAGUGCACAUUCACCUGUCUUUGGUGCCAGUGGUUAUGACUCCAGCUUGGCUUUAAAAAGCAAGAUCACUUCUCCAAAACAAGACAUUGCACCAUUAAGCAGAGAGAAUGACUCGGAGAAAAAGAACGAACGGUCUGACACUUCUUCAGAGAACACCGAGACCCCAGCAGCUGACUUUAAAUCCCUGUGGCAAUCCAAGGAGAGUGAUGCCUGCCCGUGUGGCAGUAACGAGUGCCACUGUGCCAGCUGGCGAGGUGUGGAGGUCUACUCGUUUACAGGCCUUCGUGAUGUCAUUUCUGAAUGUGAAAGUAAGCUGCCCAGUUAUCCAGAUGUAGCUCAUUCAUCCAGAACGGAAAAUGCAUCAUCGACAUCCAACUCACCACGCUCCUGUUCUGAACAGGCUCGUGCCUACGUAGACGACGUCACUAUAGAGGAUCUUUCAGGCUACAUGGAGUAUUAUUUAUACAUCCCCAAAAAGAUGUCACACAUGGCUGAGAUGAUGUACACUUAAGUCCCAUUUGAAUGAUCUUAAAUUGGAGGAAUAUUGAUGAAAGUUUAUAGUACAUGGGAUAACUAAGAAUGCAUUAAGUGUUAAUGCACGCAAGGAUUAAUUCAUUUGUGAAAAAUGGUUAGGAAUUCUUAAAACAAAAAUUAUAAUUUAAUACAUUUGACCUCUGUUCAUUUUUUUUUGUUAACUUUUAAGUGUUCCAUUGUUUGAAACUAAAACUCAGAGAUUGGCCUGCUUGUUUGUCUUUUUAUUGUUUGUUUUGGAUUUUUUUUCUGGUUUACUUUAUUAUAAUCAUUAAUGUUUUGGUUUGGAACACCCCCUCCCUACACCCCAUAUUUUACAUGGGAAAAAAUUGCCAAUACUCUGUUGCAGGGUCCUUUGGGUUUGAUUUCAUUGGUAUAUGUAAAUUUGUGUUGCCACAUAAUGACUAUGAUCACCCUGUGUUAAUUUCAUAUUUUGUUAAAAUAAUAAAUCAUUUUCUUGUUGAAA